CAGUAAUUAGGUGCUCUUGGAGGGUAGAGCGUCAUCACCGCGGUCUAGUCAAUCGCACACGUAUUAUUGUUCAAACCUAUUUACAAACCAUAGCCUCUGACGUCGUGGGGAGGGAUCGUGUAGAGAAUUUACGCUAAGUACAACAUACAUACAUAUGUAUAUAUGUAUGUACAUACAUACGUGUAUGUAUGUGAAUGAAUAAGCUGAAAAGAAUUUACUGCUUAAUCCGUAAAGAAAUACAAUAUAUAUUUUGACGUCGAAAUAUUGUGAACGAAUGCCUUGGGGUGCAGUGACUCGCACUGAAUUAGUUUGCUACUAAUAACAAAUAGUAUACAAAUUGUUAAAUGCAUAAGUGCUACAUGUAAAUGCAUAUACAAAUGUGUGUGAACAAAUUUACUUAUUUAAUGUUAUCUAAAUUAUUAUACAUAUGAACGUAUGCAGUGUAUGAAGUGUAAUAAAAAAUAUCGGUUUUGACUUACGCGUCCGAGUCAGAAAAUAAAUAUCUACAAUAUAUUCUACGUAAAUAAAUAUAUAUGAACAACCAUAUGUGUGUACACAUGCUUACAUAUUCGGCGUGCAUUUUGCAAGCAUAUGUGAUUUUUUAAACUCUUUCCCCUCCUUCCCUUCCGCCUCUAUGCUGAAUGCUGUUUAAUAUGCAAACGAGCAGUAGCAGCAAUAGCAGUCACAGUCGCCACAAUGUAGCAACGACAACGCCAGUCACUCCUGGCACGCCCGAUUCAGCGGGCAUAUUAAUUGGCGCUGCGGGUCAGGCGGUUUAUGAGAGGCGCAACAAAACCAUUCUCCAUUACUUUCGCGAUCGUACACCGAGUCAUACCCGUACACAACAACAACAACACUACUAUCAGCACAACCCAGAGCAGCAAGUUGCAUUUGGUCGCCAACGACAAGAAGCCGUCAUUUAUCUAAAGGAGCCGCGUUUUAUUAACAAACUGGCGCUACUGAAAAGUUCGAGCACACGCGAUUUGUCGCGUUUGAGGGUCGAGGAAAAAUCUGUCGAUAUUAUAUCGCCGACUACAGUGCAUUUUGAUAGCUCCACAAACAGUAGUAAGUCUUCAAGCGAAUCGCCAGUGGCUCAGCGUAACCAACAACGCAGCCUAGACAGUCUCUACUGUGAAGGGUAUUGUUCGCGACGUAUUACAGAACUGGAACAACGCGUUACCCAAUUGGAGCAGCAAGUACAAGCUGAACGAACAGUUGCCAAAGAUCUGUCCACGCGCAUACAAGAACUCAUACGUCGCGUAGAAGAUUUGAGCCAGUUCAAGGCGUCCGAUAAACGAAAACUUAGCAGUUUUCGUAAGAAAGGCUCGCAGGCAAAUACAAGGUGGAUGAAUUUGUCGAAUUGGUUUAAGCAACGCCCCAGUAUCGCAACUUUAAAGGAACAAAAUAUCUACAAUGAUGAACCUUGUUUCGACACAGAUAUCGAAAAGGUCUCGAAACAUGAGAUCCAUAAAACCAUACCGAAAAUCGUUGUGGACUGCUGUGAUUUAAUUUAUGAACGCUAUCGCAAGGCUUCGGAACCCAUCGAGGGCAUAUAUCGACAGUGUGGGGAUUAUAAUAAAAUUCAAACUUUGCGCUUUCGUAUUGAUGCAAAUGAUUAUGAGUCAUUAAGGCAACCGAAUAUAGAUAUACAUACAUUAACUGGCUUGCUCAAAUUAUUUCUGCGCGAAAUUAAAAGCCCACUGGUGAGCGCGAAUGAAGCGAAAACUUUUAUUGGUAAACCGAAUCAGUGGCUACUGACCGAUUUGACAACGAAAAUCGAGAUCUUGAAAAAACUGAUUCGAACUUUGCCGGAAGUCAAUCGUGAUACAAUGAAUUACAUAUUCGAACAUUUCAAUAAGCUGACGAAAGUGCCUUUACAACAAAUCAGCGCCGAUACACUUGCCAUAUCAAUAACACCAACCAUUUUCCAUCCCCUACAGAAGGGCGCUAAUACGGCGGACUUGCAGGAGAUAAUUAAGGAGGGCCAAUUGCUAGCAGAUUGUGUUAAAAUAAUGAUCGAAUAUCAUAGUCGUAUAUUCGAUUUGAAUUUACGGUUUUCGCCUACUAAUUCCAUGAUACAGAUGCCCGGUCGAGCGGCGGAGGAAACGCAUAAGUGUGCAGCGACUCCGGAAAACCCUAUCACAACCGGAUUUAAUUUUUCAAAAUUUAUUUUAAGUAAAUUUGUCUGUGUACAGUAUUUCAUAAUGUAAUAAAAAGUCUGUAUUUAUAAUAAAAA